GUGAAGAUGCUGUUUCAAAAAAACACGAUUUGGCUAUGGCGAUCCGCGUUUAGGGCUGCCCCCUGUAGCAGCAGCAGGCUCGCAGCUGGUGGAGAGGUCCGCGGGAGAGGGGAAGAAUGGGAUCUUUCAAGCUCAAAGCCAGCCGCCAAGCUGCGCAGGUGCGUGAUCGGGAUCCCCGCCGCCAGCAGGAGCAGCAGCAGAGCGCGUCGUCCUCGGAGCGGGACAGGCACCUGAGCCACGAGAGCGUGACUCUGUUCAGCAACAUUGGCGGCCUGGAUGGCUUCCACGGCAGGAGCAGUAGGUCGCAGCAGCAGCAGCAGCCGCAACAGCAGGAGCCCGGCGAUCUGGAGAGGAGGUUCUGGAAGCAAGGCGGGGUGGACGCUCGCAGGCAUGGGAGUGGGAGUAUAAGUCUAGUGCCGGCUGCGUUCCAAGCGCAGCAGCAGCCAUCGUCGAGAGGUGCGAGCUUGGUGAAGCAGCAAGCGCGCGAGCAGGGGCAGGAGGAUGUGGAUUUCUCGCAGCUGCCCUUCGACGUCCUGCGGCGGAUCUCUGGGGGCUUCUCGCUGCCGAACCUGUGGGCUGCGAGCAUGGUGUGCAAGUCGUGGUACCAAGCGCUCUCGUCUCUCCGCGAGGCAGUAACGUUUGUCAAGUGGGGGAAAAUGUACAAGCAUGGGCGGGGUGGUGUGCCUCAGGACACAGGCAUGGCUUUAGAUUCGUUCCUCAAGGGAGCUGCUCGGGGAUGUGCAGCUGCCAUGAUCGAUGCUGGCUUGUUGCUUUGGGAACAGGGGAGAAGGGAGGAAGGCAUUCAAUGGUAUAGGAAAGCUGCCGAGCUCGGUGAUGCCGCCGGGCAGUGCAACCUCGGCCUGGCGUUGCUGCAAGAACCGGUGGACGCCAGUGAGGCCGUCAAGUGGUUCCAGAGGGCCUCGGACGCUGGCCAUGUCCGCGCGCAGUACAGCUUGGCCCUGUGCUUGCAGCAGGGACGCGGUGUCGAGCCCAAUCCCGGCAAGGCUGCUCGAUGGUACUUGCGAGCAGCCGAGGGUGGGAGCUCGAGAGCAAUGUACAACACGGCCCUGUGCUUCCUGUCUGGAGAAGGCUUUGCUCGCAACUAUCACCACGCGCGGCAUUGGAUGCGGCGUGCGGCGCUGGCGGGGCACCGCAAGGCGCAGUUCGAGCACGGCUUGACACUGUUCGCGGAGGGCGACGGCGGCCUGGCCCUGGCGUUCCUGGAGCUGGCGACGCGGGCGGGGGAAACAGCUGCCAUACACAUCCGCGACGCGCUGGUGCAGCAAUUGCCCGCCCAAGAGCGCGCAAACGCCAUCGCCUGCGCGGACAAGUGGAAGAAGCAAAUGAGGCGCGGGUGAUCAUCGUGCUCGCUCUACUUAGGCCUAAGCUUAAAGGAGAGAGAGAUAUUAUAUUACAUACAAACACACACACAAAUGGCGAGACAAAAGAAAGGGGGUUCGAUUC